UGUGAAUUCAUGACUUCCGUUUCCGUAUCAAGGCGGGCUUUCUUUUUCACGCCGGGUUUUCAAACCAGAUAAAUAAGACGUAAAAAUGUCUCGACGACGAAGAGCAUCUUACAGUGACGAUGAAGAUGAUGGUCCAUCACGUAAAAGGAGACGUCAGUCAGAUGUUGUGGACAUUGAAGAUCGCCUGGAAUCUCUUAUCACAAGAGUAGGAGAAAAGAGUACUUCAUCCCUUGAGAGCAACUUGGAGGGACUGGCCAGUGUGCUGGAAGCAGACUUGCCCAACUACAAGCACAAGAUACUGAGAAUCCUCUGUGAAUGUGUGGUGGGAAUGCCGGAGAAGCUGUCUGUCUACACAACAUUGAUUGGUUUGUUGAACGCAAAGAACUACAACUGUGGAGGAGAGUUCAUAGAAAUGUUGGUUCGCAACUUGAAAGAAGCUCUGAAGACAGCCGAGUUUGAAAAUGCACGCAUGAUUGUGCGCUUCCUGUCCGACUUGGUCAACUGCCAUGUGCUGGUGUCAGGGUCGCUGCUGCAGAUGUUUGACAACUUCAUCGAGGUGACUCUUGAGGACAACAUACCACAGGUUCGAUCUGACUGGUAUGUGUACUGUGUUCUGACGGCCUUGCCUUGGGUCGGACAGGAACUGCACGAGAAGAAGGAGACUGAGCUCAGUAAGCUCCUGGCCACCGUCGACAACUACAUCAGCAAACGUCAGCACAUCCAUGUGCCAGCACUGAGAGUGUGGGCUACCGAUGACCCUCACCCACAGGAAGAAUACCUGGACUGUCUGUGGGCACAGAUCAAGAAUCUGCGCAACAACAAGUGGGUGGAGAAGCAGAUCCUGCGCCCCUACCUGGCCUUCGACAGUGUGUUAUGUGACGCCCUGCAGCACACUCUCCCCCAGAUCAUACCCCCCUCUCACAACGAGGAGAUCGAGUACCCCCUACCCACCGUCACAUUCAGAUUGUUUGACUACACAGAUGUACCCGAGGGGAGUGUUUUGCCGGGGAGCCAUGCCAUUGAGAGAUACCUGAUUGAGGAGCAUCUCCACAAGAUCAUCCACACAUACUACAUCGAGAGGAAGGACUGUGCAGCAACAUUGCUGAGUUUCACCAGCAAGAACAAGAUCCCCCUUAACUACAUGAUAGUGGAGGUCGUGUUCAGUCAGCUGUUCCAGCUGCCACGCCCACCCUACAUUGAGAUCCUGUACGGCUCUCUCUUCAUCGAGUUGUGCAAGCUACAGCCAGGCUCCAUGCCACAAGUUCUUGCCCAGGCGACAGAAAUGUUGUUCGAAAGAAUUGAUGAAAUGCAUACUGCCUGCAUAGACAGAUUUACGAGUUGGUUUUCGUACCACUUGAGUAAUUUCCAGUUCCGGUGGAGCUGGGACGACUGGGCCACAUGUAAAGACCUUGACCUUGAGAGACCCAAACCUAAGUUCAUCCGAGAAGUCUUCCUGCGUUGUCUCAGGCUAUCCUACCACCAGCGGCUGGUGGACGUUGUGCCCGAGACCUUCGCUAAUCUCAUCCCCAUUAAGCCGCAGCCAUUCUUCAAGUACGAGCAAGCCGGAGCAGGGUCCCUGCCUGGGACAACGGAGGCACACGCCCUCAUGGCAGCCAUCAAGUCCAAGUGUCUGCCAGACGAGGCGGCACAGGUCCUCAAAGACCUGCCCAACCCUCUGGCUGAUGACGACAGAGUGGAUGAGCCACCUUAUCAUCCGCUGAAGAUCGAUGUGUUUGUGUCAACCCUGCUCUACUUGGGAAGCAAGUCAUUUAGUCAUUCUUUCGCAGCACUCGCCAAAUUUCACCCCUACCUGAAGUCCUUGGGAGAAACCGAAGAGGCCCAGAUUUGCAUUCUGAAGAGUCUGUACGAGGUGUUUAAGACUCACCAACAGAUUUUGGUGGUGCUUGUGGACAAGCUGGUGAGGACGCAGGUCGUGGAGUGCUCCUCCGUGGCCAACUGGCUUUUCUCAAAUGAGAUGCUCCCUGACUUCACCUGUUUCUUUGUAUGGGAGAUAAUGCAUGGCACAAUCCACAAGAUGAGCAACCAGGUGGGAAAGUUACAACGCAAAGUAGAGGACGCCAAGGAUAAGCUGGAGGCGGCACAGCGGAGGCUAGCAGAUGGCCUUGAGCUUGACCCCAUCGAGGACGAAGAUGUGCCAACACUAGAGCAGAUUGACAGGAUGGAGGAGAAGCUGGAGGCAACACAGAACCAGCAGAAGAGACUGUUCCUCAUCAUCUUCCAGCGUUUCAUCAUCCUACUGACGGAGCACCUGGCGCGCUGUGAAGGCGCCGGUAUUGACUACAACACUCCUUGGUACAAGUGGGUCAUCGAGAGACUCCAGCAGAUAUUCCUCCAGCAUCACAAGUUGGUCUACAAGUACAUCAGUACACUCGAGACGCUUCUCUUCACAGCCGACAUUGACAUUCACAUCCUGGAAAUAUUUCAACAGUUCUGUGCUCUUCGAUCAUAAGGCCCAGCAUCAGUCGAAGUGUGAGGUGUCCGCCAUCCCAGCAGCGUGUCUGCCAUGUUUCAUGGAAUCAUCUCACAUGGUGUCAGAAAUCCUGACACUUGAAGAGCUCCGAACAUUUAAGAUACACACGCCGUGGAAUAAAUUCUUCAACAGAUCAUGGCUUUGGAAUUCCCGCUCAUCUUGAAAAUUGUACAGUGUACUUGGUGGAGGAGUACCGGUAGUAGGCUCCUACACAUCAUAUAUGUUGGGAGUGGGACUGUGGAGGAGGGUCUUGGCGUGGACUUUCAUACUGUAGAAUAAACGGCAUGCACUGUGAUCUCAUAGAUUGUGUGGCUAACAAUCAGUUCAAGUCAGUGGGGUAUGAGCUAGGAUUGUGGUAAUGUUUCCGGUUGUCAGUUGGCUGGAUAGUGUUAACAAUAUUGUAACUUUGGUUACUGAUGAGGGGGUUUUGGUCAUUCAUUCUGAAUCUGUUACAGAACACUUCUCAAAUAGGUCUACUCAAGUCAUGGUUUGCAUCUAGUCUCUCCAGUUUGCUUUAUUUUCGUGAACAUGAUAUUGGCACAGGACCAGUGUAAUAUUUAUGUGCCACUUACUGAAUAAACAAGACGUGACUAUAAAAAAAUGUGAUAUGUGUUGUGAAGUGAUUCGUUUUAAAGGUCUGAACAUGAAAACAACUGACAUUUAACUUUGCAAUUCUUGAAAGAUUUUGAAAUGAAAUACUGUUUUGAUAUUUGUUAACUCUUUGCUUUUGACAGAACUUGGCCUCCAAAUUAUUUAUGCUUUUGGAGAAUGUUUAAGCUAUUUUUGCUGCUGUAAAUGAAAAGUUUGAGCUCGGUGUUAACACAGGCCUACAUCUCGUGAGGUAGGGCGAGAUUCAACACAAGCCUUAAAACCAAAAUGUCAGCACCUCCCUCAUAAGGAACUGGAAAAACCUGCUUAGUUACCAGAGCCAGUCCUCUGAUUGGUGCAACUCUACAGUAGUGGUCACUAUAGCCCCUUCUAUGGAACCACGAUAGGGAAACAGAAAACUGGUUAUUCAUAGAUACUGGCAUCUGUUUCUGAGAAUAUUCAAGGUCAGUUGUUUUCUGAUGGGGAUUUAUGAUCAUACUUCAAAGGUACAAAUAGCCUGUGCAGCCAAGCUCUACAAGUUAAAAACAUCCAGAAUGUAUAUUUAUUGUUCAUUAUAGUCAACUGAAAUAAUUUGUUAAUGUUGACAUAAUGUGGAAUGUGUCAUAAGUUUCAAUACAUUGGUCUACUAGAUCAUGACUUUCUAUGACAAAAUUAUCUGAUGAAAAACUCAUCAUAUCUUGUGGCCUAACCUUGAUCUUCAGUCUGGAAUAUUCUGUUUCAACAUUGCCAUCAUCAUGUACAUAUUCAGAUUUGUCUGCAAGACGUCAUCAUUUCUUCCACCUGAGCUUCAUCAGUAGAAUUGGAUCACUAACAUUGCCUUGAUCGUCUGUAUUUGAUUAUUUUAUGCUGUGUAAGCACUUUGGUUUCGUGUCCACUUUGUGUUUUUUAUGAAUGCUGUUGAAUGUUUCAUGUUAGAAUUGAGGAAAUGGACUCUUAUUGUGUUUAAUUCUUAUAUUUUAGUUUGUUGCCUGAUGUAAGUAAAUCUUUUAAUAGUCUACUGCUACAAGAAUCAUGUUGAGACCGAGAGAUGAAACAUCCUGUAAAUAAAGAUAAUGCCAUUAUACGA